AUGGCCGCAUUCAGUGAUAUACCCCUCGAAAAAGCUAGUAUUAUCUCAACAGUAAUCGAGGGGGUCUUGUAUAGAUUCUCCCUCUUUAUGUUCGCCAUAACACUAUGGGUCCUAUUCUUCCGCCGGUCAACGAAGGAAGUCAACCGACCAAUGGUUGUUGUUGCAAUACUGCUCUUUGUGUUCAGUACCAUGCAUCUCGCAGUCAAUAUACAUCGAAUCAUCUUGGGACUUGUGAAUAACAGAAACUAUCAAGGUGGCCCUGGCAAGUGGUUCUCCGAGCCUUCGCAGCCCACCUUCAUUUUCAAGAACGCGAUAUAUACAUUGCAGACCGUGCUGGGCGACGGUGUAGUCAUUUAUCGCUGUUAUAUGGUCUGGCAAUCCAUCUAUAUCAUCAUAUUUCCCUUGAUCAUGUUGGCUGGGGUUGCUACCACAGCCAUUGGAAGUCUUUGGGCUUGCUCGCAUGCCCCUCAAAUAUAUCAUGAUAUUUUCUCACAACGGACUGGACAUUGGGUUACAGCCUUUUUGUCAUCUACGCUCUCUACCAACCUCAUCUGCACACUCCUCCUCGCAUUUCGGAUCUGGCAGAUAAAUUCUCGCGCCCGAAAUCACCUUGGCGGCUCUACGCUUAUGCCUGUGCUCCUUAUUGUCAUUGACGCUGGUGUAUUAUACUCUGUCACCCUUCUUACAACACUAUUGUGUUUCGUCGAUCAUUCCAAUGGACAAUAUGUUGUCCUUGAUAUGAUCAUGCCGAUCAUUUCGAUCGCAUUUUACAUGGUCAUCAUUCGUAUCGGUGUUGCGAAAGUUGCCCCUUCACGUCAAAAGGGCUCUUCUGGGGUUGGUAACCCGAUCGGCCAAAUGCACAAUCGGGACUACGCAAUGCGGCCACUCGAGGUGCACAUAUCGCAGCUAACGGAGGCCCAAAAAGACACAAUUGAUGAGCGGAGUGAUGUGUAG